CCGAACGAAUAAGGACUCUUAUUCAGGAAAAUUCAGUUUAAAACGUGGACGCUCUUUCUCUGUGACCAACAUCUCCUCGAACAGAGCUGUAGGCCUUAGACGAAUAUCCACAGGAAGCAGGACCGCCACACUCGCAGAUCUGAGGGACUGUGAGGACUUUGACAAUGCUGUUUCACACCGACCCAAAACACUCUCCUGUACUUUGGACCAGACUGUGCCCUGUGAGCCGGUUAAGAGCUUUCAAGCCAACAGCCACAUGUGGCGUGGUGGUAGCCUGAUUUCAUCCGUCGGUUCCUUACUUUCAACUAGUCAAGUGUGUCUAGACAGAUCGUUUCCCUCAAGCAGCUACUAUCUCACUCAUGAAGACUUAGAGGACAGUGACAGUGACACAAUCUCAGAGGGUGAAUAUUACCUGUAUGAUCAGGAUAAUGACCUGGAGUCUUCUCUGUAGUGACAAAGAACAUUUUGAUUGUUUAAACUGAAUUCCAAAAAAGUAUAUACGUAUAGCCUACUCUGUUUAAACUGGCACUCAGCCUAAUAAAUGUUCCUUUUGUGCAACAUUAGUGAACUGCCGUUUUAGACAUUAGGAAGGCCUACAUUUCCCUCGAGACCAAUAAAGUAUGUAUGUAUGUAUGUAUGUAUGUAUGUAUGUAUACUUAAUUCUGUAAUGCUGUCUAUCAUGUUGUUAAUAUUUGAUGUAAAUUGUGCUUUGAGUGACUAUGUAUGAAAUUAAUGUAUUUUAAAAAUUAUUAUUAUUAUUUUGUCUUCCCUGUUAUUCAAUUUUCCUCUUGAUUUUGCUAUUAUGUAUAUUUGAUUCAUGGUGAUUUCUGUGAGAUAAUAAUAUGUAAGACAUUUGAACCCUGUUUUCGUCAUUUCAUAUUUUUUAUUCUUUAUGUGAAAAGACCUGCAUUAAAUGUAUGAAUGAAUGUACAAACGAAUAAAUAAAUAAAUGUGACAAUAAACAAAUGUGACAUCAGACACUGGGAUAUGCUAUAACAGAACUGUCUUUAACAGCAGCAGUAAAUAGAUAAAUGCGACAAACAUGGAGCAUUUGGGUAAUUAGUGAUUAGUGUUGUGUGCUGACUGUGUGUGACGGGGAGGGGAAUAGUAUAUGUCCAGAAUUUAACAAAACUCUAUCAUAAAGGACUGUCACGGUACGUGAGUAAUUCCGUAGUCUGGGGCAUGUCUGGAGGUAUUACGGCGUAAUAUUUACGGCAAACCAGUUUUCACCCGGAACACUUUCCGUUUCACUGGACUACAUCGGAAUGAAUUGGUUGGUGCAAACGAAAGGUGUGCGGAAAAUAAAGGCAUUUGAUCAUCCUUCACAAUACAUAACUUAUUAGAAAUGUUCGAAUAGUCACUAGUGCCACGGAAACGUUUAGAAACAUGAACCAAGUGUUGUCUACAGACCGGGGAAGUACUGCAUUUGUUGCAUUCGUUGAGCACCCAAUCAAACGCGGCCAAAUGUUACAAAAUUGCAGACCCUUCCCUUUCUCUCCAAGUGGCUACGCAAAGAUGUGUUGGUACAAUUACGUCUGACCGUACGAGCCUAUAUGUAGCCUAACAGUUAAGACCAGAGGACCGAUCAAACAUACGAUACUUAAAAUGAUUCCAAUUUUGUUUCGGUUGAGGAGUGCAACAGUUGUUUGCAUCGCGACCAUCUUCGGCCUGUCAAAGUUCGCCUUUUGCCAGAAGACUGAAGUUAGUCCUGAGAAAAGCAUUGUGUGGGGUGCUGGACUGGACCCAAGAGUAGUAGUUCCAGUGCGAUACUUCUACAUCCAGGCGGUAGACUCAACUGGGCAAAACUUCACCACAUCUCCAGGUCAAGAUGUGUUUAAGGUGCAGAUUGCAUCUGCGUCAGGGAAGGAGCAUACUCGUAUCCACGUCCCUCCACCCCUGGACCGUGGAGACGGGUCCUUCCUGGUGAGGUACCGACUGUACACCACGUCCAGCUCAGACCUCGUAGUGCAGGUCCUGCACAACAGUAAACCAGUGGCAAAGUCACCAUACAUCCUCACAGGCCCUGUGUAUCACGAGUACUGUGACUGCCCCGAGGAGGAUGCUGAGGAGUGGCAGGCAGCGUUGGACUGCCCGGCCGGCGACCCUCAGGUUGAGGCCGACUUCGUCUCGUUCCCCUCCAUCGACCUGGUGCGGCUCAGAGAGGAAGUGCCCCGGCGUUUUGCCCAGAGGGGCGGCCUGAUCCACUACACCAUCCUCAACAACCAGCUGCACCGCCGCACGCAGGGCAGGUACACCGACUUCAAGAUGUUCUCCGACGAGAUGCUGCAGUCCCUCAUGCGGAAGGUGCCUUUGCCGGAUGUGGAGUUUUACAUGAAUGUUGGUGAUUGGCCUAUGGAGAAGAGGAACGCGGGCGAGUCGCCAGGACCCGUGCCCGUCAUCUCAUGGUGUGGCUCCGCCGACACGCGCGACAUCAUCCUGCCCACCUACGACAUCACACACUCCACACUCGAGACCAUGAGAGGCGUGACCAACGACCUGCUCUCCAUCCAAGGGCACUCAGGUCCAGUGUGGUCCAAUAAGACAGACAAGGCCUUCUUCAGGGGCAGGGACAGCCGGGAAGAGCGCCUCCACCUAGUCACCCUGUCCAAAGACAACCCUCAGCUGCUGGAUGCCGGGAUCACCGCAUACUUCUUCUUCCGGCAGCAGGAGAAGGAGCUCGGCAAAGCUCCGCUGGUUGGCUUCUUCGACUUCUUCAAGUAUAAGUACCAGGUGAAUGUGGAUGGUACGGUGGCUGCGUACAGGUUUCCUUACCUGAUGCUGGGCAACAGUCUGGUCCUGAAGCAGAAGUCUCCGUACUACGAGCACUUCUACACACACCUGAAGCCAGGAAAACACUACAUCCCUCUGGAAAGGAACCUCGCGGACCUCAUACAGAAGAUCAAGUGGGCCAAGGACAAUGAUGCUGAAGCAGAAGCUAUUGCCAAAGAUGGACAGCAAGUGGCUAGGGAGCUCCUCAAACCACACAGACUGUACUGCUACUACUACUUGGUCUUACAGACCUACGCAUCACUGCAAUUCGGUCAACCAACAGUGCACCCAGACAUGGAGCUGGUGCCUCAGCCAUCAGACCACACCAGCGUCUGCUCCUGCCAACGAGGGCCUCAGGCCAGCAAGGCCAGCACGAGUAGAGAUGAGUUAUGAUGAACAACAGACAUGCGUUAUAAUGACCAAAACAACAGAAGAGAUGUUAUUAAUAACAAAACAACAGGAGGGACAUGUUGUAAUGAACAAAACGACAAACAAGGUGAGUUCUGAUGGAAAAAACAACAGGAGUGACGCAUUACUAUGAGCAGUACUUCAGGAGAAGUGAGUUCUGAUGAAUAAAGCAACAGGAGAGAAGAAAUCUGAUGAACAAAAAAGGGGAGACAAGCGACAACAGACACGACUCCAGUAGUCAAACAGACUUACGCUAACACGCUAACUUGGGCUUCAGUCAGUGUAGUCUUCCGACUAGAGAUCUGCAAUCCUGCGUUAUGACAGAACCCCUGAGGGAGAUUGGCUACAGAUAUGUUGGAAACAACAAAAGAGAGCUUUUAGGGACCUCAAAGAAUGACAUUUACCAUUUCACAUGUAGCUGCUGAAAUGACUUUAAACCUACUUACUGCAUUCAUAUUUUUACAACUACAUGAAUCUCAUACUUGUGUCUUGUUUUUGUUUUGAUACAACACAUACUGUACUGUGCUAAAUACUGUUGUCAUUAUAAAUGUGUUACUGAAAGAGGGGACAUCAGUCAACUGGGUUACUUAUUGCUCCCUACCGUAUCAGACAUCUGAAAAAAGAGAUUAUUUAUCAAAGAACCCAACCUUAUAUUUCUUGUCAGAUUAUGUGUGUAUGAGUGCAUUAGGUAGGCCUUUAACUACUUCACCCUAGUUUAUAAGAAGUAAACCCACCCACGUUUCCGUAUUGGCUUAUCGAGCCCAUUUAAAAGCACAUGUAUAAUAGUAUUGCUCAAAGGUGACCUUAAUUUGUUCUUACUUGUGUGUAAUUGUUGUUUGUAUGGUGGUAAAUGAGAUUAUAAUUGCUAAAUUUGUUACUUUUUUACUGAAAAGAUCUGUUUGCAUAAAUUGUGUAAAAUUAAGCAGUAUAUGUGUGCCUGUUUUUAUUAUUAUCCUGUAAAUGGUCUGUUUGAUUUGUUUAGGUAUUAAGGUGCCCUUCAUCACCAUAACAGUGUUUUAAGUGCAUAUGUGAAUGAUUGCUCACCGCAGCCACCAGUCAUUACAGUCGUAUUGAGUAUUUAAUGAACUGUUGGUGGCACAGUUCCCUCAGUGCUUCGUUCAGGCUGAGCGCUGAGAAUACAUGUGAUGUUUACAAUAGCAACUGCUUGUAAUUGGCCAAUUGUUUUUGUCAAUAACCCAACUUACCAACCAGUGUUUGUAUGAGAAUACAGAACUACAGUAGUGCUCUUAAAAAUGACUGCGCUAUAGCCCUAGAAUUCACAUUACUAUGUUCAUGUACUGUUUUUUUUUUAAAUAGUGUUAAAUAAAAAUAAAAAACUACUUGAAUAAA